AUGCUCUUUGCUAUUGUCUUGACCACCGUCGCGUUCACAGCUCUGUUCGCGUUCGUCCCGAAGAGCUCGUGGAUUUGGAGGACGAGGUGGCUAGCGGUGCUCUUUGGGCCGAAGCCGCUGCCGCCGCUGUACCCCGAAUUCAGAAAAGCGGAGCUUGCGCUUCCCCAGCACCAUGUCAAGGAUCCGUUUGCCGAUGGGCAGAAGUAUCUCUGGGUUGCAAGUCACACCUGGUGGUCGGGCUGGGGUAACUUUAUGCAGGACAUGAUUUUGACGGCACACCUGACCUACCGGUCUGGACGAACAUAUGUAUUCGACGAUUACACCUGGGACAAGCACGGCCCCGCAUACGCUCUGUUUGAUAAUAAACGAUGGAUACCCUCACGUAUACCACUAUCUGCUUUGAUAUCAGGCCCCAUUGUAGGCGGACCCUUUACAGAUGUCGACGCCACCCCGCGGGCCAUUGCUAAGGCUCACUGGGACAAGAUCUGCCCUAAACCCACCAAAAUUAACUCUGAGGAGGUCCGUGCGAUACAUGGCUCAGGAGCAAACGCCGCCAGGAUUGAGGAAGCAUGGCUCGGGUAUCUCAGCAAGAUCGAUGAUCCCUGUGUCGAAGUCACCGAGAACUCGGGGAACAUCUUCCACUACUUCAUGUUUGGAAACAAGGAUGAGAUGCUGCCCAUCUGGCCGUCGCUCUCGACAUCGCCGAUCCUUACGCUGUUUGGCUGGUCGACGCUAGCGCACCAGGGCUUUGAAGCGAAUCGACACCUCUUUUCGCCGGCUACGCUGCAUCAGCCCCACACUUCCGACUCUGCAUGCCCGCACUGUGUCGAUCCCUUCACUCCGCUCGAUGGCUUGCUUGCACUUCAUUUGCGUCGAGGAGAUUUUAUUCAGCACUGCCCGAAUCUCUGCCACUGGGGCGCAAACUUCAAUGCCUUUAACCGCUUCCCCGAGCUCCCCGACCAAUGGGUCAAGCCAGACGGCCCCAUUGAGGAGAGCAUGCCAGUCUACAUGCGGCGGUGCCUGCCGACAAUCGAGCAGAUUGUCGAGAAGGUCGAGGAAUUGCGUGCGAGCACGGGCGGGCGGGGGCUCAAGAACAUCUACAUCAUGACAAACGGCGAGCACGAGUGGCUCGCGGACCUGAAGGCGGCGCUUCGACACGCACACGCAUGGGAGCACAUUGCGACGAGUCGCGACAUGAGGCUCACGCCCGAGCAGAAGUACGUCUCGCAGGCGAUGGACAUGCUCAUCGGGGAGCGCGCGCAGGUGUUUGUGGGCAACGGCUUCUCAAGCCUGACGUCGAACAUCGCAAUGCUGCGCAUGGUCCGGAGAAUCGCUCCGGACACGACCAGGAUGUGGUAA